AUGGGACCUCUCCACUACUUCCUCGGCCUUGAAGUGCACCGCACUCCUCGCGGAUUCUUUCACAGCCUGGCCAAGUACGCUGAAGAACUUCUCCAACGAGCUGGCAUGGCCAACUGCACACCCGUGUCCACACCCAUGGACACCCUCUCCAAGGUGGCUGCUGAUGUUGGUUCUCCGGUUGCCGAUCCAUCCGAAUAUCGCAGCCUCGCCGGCGGUUUGCAGUACCUCACCAUGACACGCCCAGAACUAGCCUAUGUCGUGCAGAAAACGUGCAUGCACAUGCAUGACCCGCGCGACCGUCAUCUCGCCAUCAUCAAGCGCAUACUUCGGUACGUCCGUGGCACUACAUCCUCCAGUCUUCUUCUCGAGGCCACACCCUCCACCGACAUCGUCGCUUACUUCGACACCGACUGGGCUGGAUGCCCGGACACACGCCGCUCCACCUCUGGCUAUUGUGUGUAUCUUGGCGGCGCUCUUGUCAGCUGGUCCUCCAAGCGACAAGCCACUGUUUCGCGAUCAAGCGACAAGCCACGGCUCCAGAGACCAUAG